AUGCUGGAAAUUCCAAAACUAGAGGAACCAGACGACGAUGGUUAUGGGAUUGAUUGUUCAAGAAUUUCGAAUUUUGAAAUUACAAAGUUCGAGGAACCAGAUGGACAUCCGGACACACAGACAGACAUUCCCAUUUUUUCAGUUUCCAACGAAAUUUUGAAUGAUAAUUUGAGGACUUUUCCAAAGAAACCUGAAAAAAGAAGACGGAACGAUACGGAUAAUGAUGGUGAAGAAGAGGAGGAUGGAAUAGUGAAACAAGAUCCCAAAAAUUGGACUUCCAAAGAAGCCAAAAGACAUGAGAAUUUUUUGGAAAAUCAAAAAUUCGACUUAUCGAGAAGAGGAAUAGUGUUGGUUUCCAAGUUGUGCAAGUCUGAAUUGACAGAAAGUGAAGUAAAUCGUCUUGAAACAUUGUCAAAUUCCACAUUUACAAUCUACGAUGUUCCCGGUCGUGGUGGCUUCUAUAAGAUUGAAAUCAAAGGAAGUACUGGACCAGAAGACGUCAGGAAGGCGUGCGACGUUAUUGACGCAUUUUGUUGGCACACAAUAGAGGAGAAUUUUCGAAAAUUCGGAGUACAACAAGAAUAUUGGUGUCACAUUCCAGAAAAAGUUCAGCGGAGUCGAGAUUUUAAGGAGAAGAUGCUAGGAUUGAUUAUGAAAACUGGUGUCCGCUGUCUGACCUACCGUAAAAGCUGGUCUCAACACAACGACCCAAUUCACUUCUACGGCUACCCAGACAUGCUGAAAAACGCGAAAAACGCAUUGGACAAAAUAGUUUCCGAUUUUUACCAUCAAAAAAUCUACAAAAUCGAAGCGAAAUUUGUUGGAGAAGUAAUGGGAAAACAGGAGUUAAUCUGA